AAUUGUGAAUGCCGUAGGAACAACUUCGGUGCAAAUGCAUUGGAAGGACAACUAAAAAGUCCCGGUUUUCCGGUGAAAUACUGUAAUAAUCUCGAUUGCAGCUAUACGAUAAGUGGUGCAAAUGGAAAAAGCGUACAUUUAUCAAUUGUUUCGUUUGAAACUGAAUCACGACACGACAUUCUCGAAAUUCGUGAAACUUUUGUUGUGGCUAGCAAAGAAUAUUCUGCGCUUAUUUCAGUGUAUCAUUUAUGGAUUUAUGAAUUUUUUUUCUAUAGAAUUAUAUCAGUGAAAAUGAUAAUAAUACAGCUUUUAUUAUCGGGUAAAGAUGUUGGAUGGCCAUUAUUUGUUUCAUCACCAGGAAAUGGUUAUAACCUAAGGUUCAUUACUGAUAAUUCUGAGGAAUUCGGCGGAUUUCAUGCACGGUUUGCUCGUGUUAAUGCAUCAAGACCAGGCGAAUCUUGUCCACGAUUAUUUUAUGAAGCGAUAGCAGAGGAACAAACUCUACCAACGCCGUCUAGAAAAUUUAGAUAUAAUACUGGUUGUGUUUAUAUGAUCAAUACAACCAAUGAUAAUGCUAUACUACUACAAAUAAAGGCAUUAUCACCUUUUGUUAAGCUCACAGUCUAUGAAACAGAAAACUUUGAUCGUCAUUCUCAAGCAGAACCACUUGCAACGAUCAGCGGGCUUAUUACGGCUCUUCCAUACAAUUUAACAUCACGAACAGUUUCGAUUACAGUUAUUAUGACAUUAACAAGGAGCCAUCUUGAAUAUCACCGCAACAAUGCGUCAGAUCACUUUAAUGUUGUUUUUAAGCGAACCGAAAGCCUCAAAUUUCUUUUUGCAGCAUGUAAAUGUUUCGCUAAAAAUUAUUUAAUAAAAAAAAAUCCGAUAAUAAUCACUUCUCCUGGUUAUCCGCUUGAAUACUGCGAUAAUCUCAAUUGUAUGACAACAAUUGAAUUCGAUAAAGGUUCAUAUGAUCAAACAAUUCGAUUAGAUGUUAAUGCAUUCUCACUCGAACAUGGCUUCGACUUUUUACAUAUUUACGAUCGUCUUUUACAACCGAAAUAUCUCAUUAGGAAAUUUCUGGCUAAUUUUAAAAUUUUAGAAUGUAGGUGUCCUGGAAGCGCGCAACCACUGCAAUUUUCUACUAAAAGUGGACAAUUUUCGUUCGACAUACCUCCUGAUUGUUCCUAUUUGGAUUGUUUUCUUCACUUUACUAAACCCAUUUUGGCAAGUAUUAAUUUCGAACCGGGAAUAAAAAUAGCAGGAAGUGCACGGAUUGUUAAUAAUGAACCAAUGGGAUUCUGGUAUCAUUUGGCUUCGUCUGAUAAUAAUUCACAAAUAGCUUCGUUCAAUUUCACUUACGAGUGGCGAAAAAUUUGUCAGUGUGGCCAAUCGAAACUUAUUGCUAAUAGUGAACAAUCGAAAAUUUUGAGUUCACCGGAUUAUCCGGAAUAUUAUUGCAAUAUGAUGAAGUGUAAUUAUUCAAUCAUUGCUCCAGCUGGAUAUAUUGUUGCAAUCAAUAUCACUGAACUGUCGCUUGAGACUAAUGAAGAUUUUGUGGCUUUUUUUGACGGUCCAUCUGCAAAUAAUACGAGGCUAAGAAUACUAAUCUUGCAACGAGUAUAUUAUGAACAAAUGGAGCUAUAUUGCAGGGCGACUGGUACAAAUGUAUAUGAACCACUCAUCAAAAGUACACAACCAGAAAUGUUUGUAUAUUUUGAAUCGGAUGUUAGCAUUGUUAACAAAGGAUUUGUGCUUUAUUAUUACGCAGAGCCUUUGUCAGGAACUCUAAUGCAAGGCGAUCGUCCUUCAAGCGGAAUUUCAAUGUCCAACAUUUUGCUCGCCUUUACUUGUUUAAUAUUUAUCUUUGUGAUUGUUGUGACUUAUCAGAAAAGGAUUCUAUGUUUUGCUAGGAAAUAUGGUUGGACUGGUGCAUCGACUGUUGGUUUCAGGAAUUUAACUUAUAAUAUCGAUUCGUAA